AGUCUGUUUUCCAUCGCCAUUACAAAGUUAACCAUCGUUAUAGCAUAGCGUGGAUAUUAGCAGAACGUCUUGGGAAAGUUUUAUUAAUUUGUUUUUAUUACCAUACCAUACCAAGAUAUAAUAAAUAAUGUUCUUAGAAUAUAUAAUUCAUAUAAAGAUAUAGAAAAUAUAAACUUAUGUUGAAUUUCUUAGUGAAACUGAUCAAAAUAUAACGCUCAAAAUAUAUAGAAAAGACAAAUAAAAAAGAAAAAAAUCUUAAGGUAAGUUUUUAAAAGAAAAAAAGGGAUUUCAACGCAUACGGAGCCUUGUUUUUGGAGUGCUUGCGAGUGGGAAAAUAAAAUCCUCUAAGGUUAUACAUACACACUACAUAGAAAUCUGCUUCUUGGGAUUGUCAUAUCGUGUGAAGAGUAGUCAUCUUUGAUUUUCUGGGCCAAUACGUCUGGUGUGGUUAGUUGAACGACCAGCAGCAUUGGUGUUAUGUCGGAAACGAUGGCGGCACCUUUAAUACCCCAACUUCAGGAGAUGCAACAACAGAAUGGGACUGGCAAUAACAGCAGCCAACAACAGCAUCAACAAUGGGCAAACUACAAUGCCUGGUAUCAAAGUUAUGGUGAUGCCAGUGCUUAUCAACGUUACUAUCAAUAUUAUAUGCGUUAUAACAUGCAGCAGCAGCAGCAACAACAACAGCCAAACCCCCAGGCGGGAGGAGUAACAUCGACGGUCUCUUCCUCUAAUGCCCCGCCAGGUUUUAGCAAUGCCGUUGUUACUCAUAAUGGCGAUAUGCCACCUUUGCCUUCGGGACCUCCUCCUCCCCCAGCGCUGGGCAAAAUGGGAAAUAAUCAACAGAAAAACUUUGGGGGCAUCAAAUUCAAUUUGAAUCAACAAAAUCGCUUGGCAAAUGCCCCCAAUCCAUUACAACAGCAGCAAAAUGGAAUUCCAAAUUUCAACACAAGUUUCAAUGAUGGCAAUAAUGUGGCCAACAACAAUAACAACACAAGCGGCGGAGGCAAAAAGAAACGCAAGCGUAAUAAGAACAAACAAAAUCAACUUCAGCAACAACAAAUGAUGCAGCAGCAACAACAGCAACAGCAACAACAUGCUCAUUAUGAAGGACAUUUUGAAGACAUUAAUGGCGGGCAUCAGCUGCAACAAAUGCAAACUGAGGAUGGCGGCUUUGCAAAUAUUGCCAUUCCACCACCACCACCAAUUAUCUCUAAUGUGGACUUAAGUAAGCCACCACCACCUAUAGGAGGCAACGCAAUGCCUCAAACUUCGACCGACGGCAAUAUCACAAACCCAGAUGCAGCGGCUGCCGCCAUGGCCGCUGCCUCUUGCACUAACAGCAGCUUUAAGAAACCCAAUGCAUUCCAUAAUCCCAAUGAUGCUUGGCCAGAGUCUUUAAAUAAUUAUGUGGCUCGUUGCUAUGCAAAAUGUAAUACCGAUUUAGACAAGGAUCAAAUUGAUAUUUGUCUAAAGGGUAAAAUAAUACUAGCAGCCAAUCGCAAUGAAUUGUGGACCCGGGAUUGGGAUAACGAACCAAUACCGAGUGUUUACAGCGAACGCAAUACCAUAAACAUAAAGUUGCAAAAGCCAACACCAUCGCAUCUACAACAUCAACAGCACCAACAACAUCAGCAUCAUCAACGUAAUCCAUUCCAAAAGAACCACCAACAAUCACCUGUUGGUGGUAUACCAAUGGAUCAUUUGAAAAAUAAACCUGGUGCCGGCGGUGCUGGUGGCUUGUCACGCAAUUUAAAUGCUCGCUUGGGUCAGCGUAACUCUUUUGGUGGCAGCAGCGGUAAAUUGAAAAAUUCUCGUAGCCGGUCGCGUUCUCCCUCGAAAUAUCGUCAUAAACGUGCCUCGCGUUCGCGUUCAUCGUCGUCGUCACCAUCACGUCCACGCAAAAUUCGUCGUUCGUCCUCAUCGUCUAGCUCUUCUUCUGGUUUUAUACCAUUGUCCUCCUCUAAUUCAUCAUAUUCUAGUAAAAAACAACAAAAACUACAAAAUAAGAAAAACAAAAAACUCGAUUCCAAUGUCUCAAAUGACAUCAGCAAUGGUGGUAGUUCUUCUUCUUCCGGUAAAUCAAAAGUACCCUUCUAUUCAUCCUCGAUUGGUGGCGCGGUGGACGAUGAUUCGGCACGUCUUCAACAAAGAGCGGCACGUUUCUCACAAGCUAGUAAUUCAAAACAGGUUGUAGCAGUUGCAAGUUCACCAUUUGGUGUUGCCAGCAAUGCUACAGCCCAUCACUCUUCGUCGUCGCAUAAAGGCAACAACAAUAAUAGGAAUAAUAAAAAAUUCAAUAAUUCGCGCAUGUUCAUCGAUGAUACGGACCCAAAUGCAGAUAAUGGUCUUGAUUUGAUGGAUUUGCAUAUAGUGGGAACUUGUCAUGAUUUGGAAAAAUCAUUUUUACGUUUAACCAAAGCACCCAUGCCCUGUGAGGUACGACCUUUAGAAGUGUUGGUACAUUCUUUGGAAAAUGUUAAAGAGAAAUGGCGUACGAAUCAGGAUUAUUUCUAUGCUUGUGAUCAAUUGAAAUCAAUAAGACAGGAUUUGACGGUCCAAGGUAUUCGUGACAAAUUUACUGUGGAAGUUUAUGAGACGCAUGCUCGCAUAGCCAUGGAAAAGGGAGAUCACGAGGAAUUUAAUCAAUGCCAAACGCAAUUAAAGAUGUUAUACAGUGAGGUGGGAUCCAGCAGUAACACCUUGGAAUUUACUGCCUACCGUAUACUAUACUAUAUCUUCACGAAAAAUACCUUAGACACCACAACUGUUUUACGCUCGAUUACACAAGCACAACGGGAGAAUCCUGCCAUAGCUCAUGCCUUAGAAUUCCGUUCCGCAUGGGCAAUGGGAAAUUAUUGUAAAUUAUUCCGACUAUACAAAACCGCACCACUGAUGGCUGGACACUUGAUUGAUUGGUUUUUGGAAAGAGAGCGCAAGUCUGCACUUCGAACCAUAUUAAAGGCUUAUCGUCCCAACAUUACCGUCGAAUAUAUUACCGACUUAUUGGCCUUUGAUUCACGCGACAAAUGCAAAGAAUGGCUAACAGGCUUCAGUUUACCUUUUGUGGGGGCUGGGGAACUACAAAUUGACUGCAAAAAUGCAGCCGCCAUAGCAAUAUGAAGCAAUUAAAUCGAAAACAACAAGAAACAAAUGCUUUCAUUAAGCGUUUGUGGAUGCGUGUCCAUAAUUUACAGCCAAACCGAACAAAACACAAACACAUAUUCAAACAAAAGAAAAGAUUCAAACUGUUUUUGCUUUAUAAUUGAUGGCCACCUAUGGUUAUCAAUAUAAGCUUAUACAGUUAAUUUCUAUAUUUUGUGUGUAAAUCGUGAAAGAAGAAGAGAAAGAAGAUGCCUUGCCGUUAUCGAAUUAUGCGCUGUGCUCUCUUGUGUAACCAAAAAUCCAUAUCAAAUCAAAAGAAACUGCCAUCAACAACUCUCAAUGCAAUGAAAAAAAAAAAAAGAAAAAUUCACAACAAAGUACUUGUUUUCAAAUGUGGGAAAUGAUUUCUUCGAUGUUUAGUUCUUCGUCCCUAACAUCAUUUAAUCUUUCCCCGUUUUAAGGACCAUAACAAAAAUAAUAACAGAGACUUAAAAGUGCCAUAAAGCAACAGCUAAGGGAUCAUACGGACCUAAUUGUAAAAUUCCCGUUCUUGCCAAAUAUUCUGUGGUGGUUGAAAAUUCUUCAAAAUCUGAACAUUUCCUUUUGCACAAAAAUUGUGAUUCGAUUUUUUCACGAGUUUUUUUUCUAUAACGCGUUCCAAGUUUAAAUCAUUUAACUUAGUAUCGUGUAAAAUAUAAAAAAUUGUCGGGUUUACUAUGAUCAUAGUAUGCAACAACUGAACAUUUUACAAAAAUUCAUCGGCGGGUCUAAACAACACAUUCGGUUAGUACGGUCUAAAAGUAUUCCGUUGUUCAUCGUAACCGUUUAAGCAAAAACAACAAAUAAUCUGAGUAUAACAGAAUAAUAACCAAAGAAUUGUCGAUAACGAAAUUAUCGAAAGAGAAAUUAACACAUCGAUAAUACUUGCUAAAAAACACUAGGAAAAUGUAAUCGGAAAGAUUGUUUUCAUGCUGAUCUGCGGAAGAAUAUUACAGACCCUUGGGAGGCUGGCAAUUCGCAGGAAUACUACACUCAAUUGAAAAAGGAAGAAAAAUUAACAAUUCUACAGAUUGCCCCAAAAUUGUUUUUAACAAUUCAAACAUAACAGGAACAACGUAUGAAUACGAGUAAAUAUUCAAGUAGAGUGAAGAUCGAGCAAAAAUUAGACAGGAAAUGCCUACGAAUUGACUUCGAUUCCAUACUAUCAUUGUGCAGAAAUCCUCAAUGCCAGCAAAACUAGUUUCAGACAGAGAAGGUCAGCUGGCAAGUGAAGCUUGUACUUUUUGGAUUCCUUCGUUGGAAGUUCUGGAAUCGACAACAAAUGAAACUAACGCCCUAUGCAAAUUCUGCCAAGAAUCAGUAAAAUACAGAGCUGUUUCGGUCUGUUACAAUGCAAAAAGUCGUUUCGAGACUUGCAUGUGAAGUAUGCGAUUAUUUGCGUAGAGGGAGAGCUGAACGCUGAGAGAGAGAGAGCCGGUCGAUAAGAGUUAUAGAGAGAGAGAGAGCUGGUCGAUAAAAGUUAUAGAGAGAGAGAGCUGGUCGAUAAGAGUUAUAGAGAGAGAGCUGAUUGCUCGCUGCACUUUAUCUGAACAAAAUGAAAAAGAACCUAUUGUGGAAGAAAAUAAUCAAAAGAGUCUUUAUAUAGAAAAUUCUCAAUAUCUUCUUGCAGUGAUCAUAGAUCCAUCUGUAAACACCUUAAGUGGCUGAUCUCAAUUCCGGCGAGCAUCACUUAAUUCCAUAUAAGUUUCUUAUUUGAAUUCUGCAGGGUCGCUUGCUAUAUAGAAAUGACGGCUUUGUAAAAAAGGUGCCAGAAAGAGUAUACAAGGCAGCAUAUGCAGAGCAUUUCAAUUGCAGAUCUUGACUCUGUAAAAAAAAACCGAUUGCUGGCAAAGAAACUUGGUAAAAACCAAAAAUAUUUGAAGUCAAAAAUAUUUUAAUUAACUUGUUAUCAUCUUUGCAACCAUGUUACGUGGUUGAUAUUAACUCCGUCAGUGAUCUAAGUGCAGAGAAGGCUGCAAUUCUGGCUCUGUCAGACGGAAUCCACAUGGUUACGACAACUACCAUCUUCCAACGUGAUUGGUCUCAGUUCUGUCAAGCGUCAUUUCUCCGGUAUUGUCGGCUCAUAUGUUAAGUAAAAAACUCAUGCCUAUAUUUGCUUGUGAAGUUUGAAGUUUGGAUAUCGUCGUUAAAAGAGCUGGUACUCUCCGCCAGAUAAUGCCAAGCGCUGAGAAAGAAGGAUAAAAAAAAAGAAAAUUCCGGCAGAACAUUUUUAAGAUUUAACUUCGAUUCUUUACGUUUUUUUUUGAUUCGGGUACAGACCAAUCCACCUGAAAUCCUGUUCUAAGUUCGAAGAAACUUCAGCUUCGUUUUAGAAACAGUUCAUAAUAACACUGGCGUGUGCAUCUUUGAUUGAUCAUAAUCGCUGGCAGAGCAGAACAAAAGGAUUGACUGCUCUGAAACGGAUCGACUGCUCUGAAAACUCACCGAAAUUGUUAUAGAUACCAUGGAAAUGUACAACAAAGGCUUUAAUUUCGUGCCGUUGUAAACUUAAGAAGUAAUUGAGAGCCCAUAAAAAUUCUAAACCUCGAGCGUUGCAUCAACCAGCAACACUUAUAUCAUCAGAAAGCAAACCAACCAGGAACGAUUCGGAAUAAGUUUGCGAGAGACUUAAGAAUUUUCAUAUUCUCAUACACUGGAUUAACGAUUAACAAAUCUGUCCAGAAAGGAAAUAACACAAUGCGUUCGUUAGCCCAAAUAUGUAUUAUAAAGCCAUUAAAGAGGACCAGCUGCGAAAGGAAAGAAAGGAAGUUGAGAGGGUCAUUGAUUGGGAAGUGAUGUCAAUGUGGUCAAACACAUCAAGAGCAGAAUAAAUCUUAAGAAGGUGAAAUAGGUCAAGGAGAAGGCGAAAACCGGGAAAAGGUUUCCUCAAAAUGUCACCAACAAUUUUGGUACUAAGACUUUAAUGAGGACCAAACUAUGUUUAUACAGCCACGGAAGAAUUUGGAACCCUAUUGAGUAGAAAAAAUAGGAACUUUAUGUUGUUAUAAAGUCUAAAAGUAUUAUUAAAGUCCUUCGGAAAUGUUAACUCCCUCAGAUCAUGCCGAACAUGAGACACUGAAGAUACAUUAUACUCGCCUUCUCUACAACCAAAUCCAUGUUAGCUGGUUGUACGUACCGUAUUGGCUCGAUGGAGUCUUUCGUCGGCAAGGGCUGUCGCCUCAAUGUACAACACACUGCUACAACAACAAUAAGAAACAUAAAUUUCCCAAUUUACUACUUGAACCAAUUUACUCCUGAUACCUCACACACAGAAGCUCACAAUAGCUAGAUAGGAAUUUAUAAUAAUCACCCCGAGCUCAUCGUAAAAGACAAUUUACAAAGGCAAACUUCAGCAAAGCGGAUUACUUGCUAAUUACUUUAAAAAUUCGGCUCACUUGGAUUCAAUGUUUAGUUAUCGCAGUGGUAACAGACUAAGAAAUCAGCAACAAACCAAAAUCAGCAGUUUUAUAAUAAGCAAAUUUAAACCCUAAAUAUGUUUAGAUCCAUUCAACACUUCAAAUGAAAUCACAGGAUUAACAAGCGUUUGUUCAAGAGACCCAGCAAAGAGAGCAACAACUUCAAUACCCAAUCUUCAAAGAUUCUAUGUGUUCGGAACCUCGCUAAAUUUUUUCGAAAUUUUUCGGUUACCAAAAAAAAAUUUUCACAAGCAUACUUAAAUAAAUUCGGUUAGAAAAAGAGCCAUCCAGAAAUGAAGCAACACAGGAACGGAAAUCCCAAAACCUUCCAAGUUAAAAAAAAUCAAGAAAAAUUAACAGUGAUAUUAAAAAAUGAACAUUAAAAAACCAGAGGAAUAGCAAUCACAAAAAUCCGCAAAAAAAUUAAAAAAAAUAUCGAAAAAAAUACCAACAAAAUCAAAAUCCCUUGAAAUAAAAACUGUUGUUCCCACUUCGGCUUAUUAAAUCUUUUCCACUAUUGGAUUUGAUUAUUUUCUCCAAAAUUUAUAGACAUUUUUCCCCUACUCGCAACAUGAACAAAAAGAAUGAAGCUUGUGGUUGUGCAGAUAUGUUUAAAAUUUCUUUGUAAUAUAGUUUUUCAUUUUCAUUUUAAUUUUUUAUUUAUUAUUUUUCUUUUAAUCUAAUUGUUGUGUGUUUGUCUAUUUUUUUUUUAAUUAUUAUUGUUAACAAAAAAAUCAAAAAAAAAUGUAAUUUUUUAAACACAUUUCUAAAAACAACAUACAUGUUAUUCAAAAACAAAACACAAUGUUUACAGCUCAAGCAACUAAUAAUUUUGUUUUUUCUCUGAGAAACAACACCUCAAAGUGAGAGAGAGAGAGAGAGAGAAACACCUAAUAUGGCAUAGAACGCAACAAUGGAAUCACCUAGGGAAAGCUACCGCAGAAAUAUGGGACCAGGCACUACAUAACAACUACCAAACAAACAUCACAUCACAAUGCAACAGGGUCCUCCUCAUCCCUAGCCAAUAACAAGAGAAAAAUCUAACACCACCCACCAAAAGGAAGAUAGCACAAAUAGAAUAAUUUAUCUUCAACAUCAUUGAAUUGUAAAGGAGUAUAAGGCGCCCAACAAACACUCUUCAAUCAUUCAAGCAGCCAGCAAGAGUCGAAUUAUGUAAAUUUUCAUAAUACCAUCCCUCAUACUUAGCCAUCAUCUCAUUUCAUUCCACAUCGCAUAAAUUUAAAACUUUUUCAUGGGUUUUUUAAAUAGUCUGUAAGUUUCAAUAUGUAUAUAUAGGUUAUAUAUAUAAUUAUUCUUAUUAUUAUUAUUGUUAAUUAUUUUUAAUGUGUUAAGAAUAAUUGAAUUGAAAAAAAAGAAAAUUAACACCUCGAGAGGAGUUAAACCGUGUGGAAAACGUCAAGAGCUGCCGCCUUAACUAAGUACUACCUAACUUCAUAUAAAAAAAAGAAAAACAAGUUUAAGUACUUGCGCUCAGAUUCGCCCUUCGGCUGGCUUAUCUGAAAUAAAAAAAAAAUCGUUCAAUAAAGAAAUUUAAUAAAGAGCAA